AUGAGGGCUAAAAAUGUCAUUUAUAGUUCCUCAACCCCUUCUUCAUCUUCUACCUCCUCAACCCUUCAUAACCAUAGCCAUCACCACCAUUACAAGGGCUUUUCUCAACCCCUCAACACCAUAGCCACCCCUCACCACCACAAGGGCUUUUUGGAUAAACUCUCUGGUGAAGAAUCUAUUUGUCAAGGAUUUGAAGCUUUGCGUGUAUCAAAGCGUUUGAUGAGAAGUGUUAGCCAUAAGUUGAGGAGGAAGAAUCAGAGACUUGAAAGAGAAGAGGAGGAUGAUGCGAUGGGAAUAUCUUUGAGGCGUCUUACUUUAUAUGGUAGGGGUGGGGGUUGCAAAGUAGGUGCUGACACAUGGGAUGAUUUUGGGAAUCCGAGUAAGAGAAGGAGGUCAAGUGCCAGCGAUGAAGGCAAGGGAAACAGACCUAUAUGUGGUACCGAGGAAUCUGGAAUGGACUGCUUCUCAUAUGAGGCAAUUAUUCCUAGCAAGGGUUUGGAGCUAAAAUUAUGAUUUUGGAAGCUUUAGGGAUCAAAAUGGGUGGAAUU